AUUUAGAUGAUAUACAAGAUGCGUAUUAUAAUAAUGAAAGAAGUUACCAGGCGAGGCGUGAGUUAUGGGUAGGAGAUGGGCCGGUCGCAUUUGGGCAUAGUUUGGCCUUGAGACUGGAGAUAACAAAUCUUCAGCCAAACGACGUUGUGAGAUUCCAUUCCGGUCUUCAGUUUGGCAAUUCUACAUCUGAAAGACCCGGUUGCAGGGAGAGUCACCAAAAAAACUACUAUCGAUGAUACUAUUGCAGUCCCACUCCAGAUUUCUGCUCCAGACUUUAUUAAGUCGGGUGCACAAUCUUGAAAAAGCAGUGGAAGUGGAUUACAACUGGGUGGAAUUUGAUGAUGUGCGUUACCAUGUGCAGGUAUCAAUGAAGAACCCCCAUCUCUUCCUGCUAUCUGUAUCAUUGCCCAUCCCUUCUGCAGAUACUGUUUUUUGCGGGGGGCUUCCAUCUGGAGCUAUAGAAGCUAUUAAAGCUGCAUAUGGCAUACUUGUACAGAUUCUUGAUCCUCCAAGAGAUGGUUUUAAUCUCACGUUAAAAUUGAAUCUUUCGAAACUUCCUCUUGAUGAAGAUAAUAGGCACACUGUUUUGGUAAAACUUGCAUCUAUUAGGGAAGUGGUUCUUGGUGCUCCAUUAAGAGGAAUUCUAAAACAACUUGGAUCAAGGGUUGUUGCUUCUGACGUCAAUAAGCUUGUUGCACUGGUACAUCGUCCAAAAGAGUCAUUUUUUCUUGUCCCUCAGGCUGAAAAGGUAACUGUGGUGUUUCCGAUGAGAUUUAAGGAUUCUAUUGACAUUGCUCUUGCAACUUCUUUUCUCCAGGAGUUUGUUGAAGCAAGACGAACUGCUGGACUUAAUAAUGCUCCUCCUUGUUCAUGGUCUCUAUCACCUCCUCAAGAAUUGAAGGGAGCUCCUAGUGACGCAUUAUCAGCCAAUGCAGGAUUUGUGACUUUCGUAAUUUUCACUCGGCAUGUAGAGGGAAAAAGGGUGGACCGUGUUAUUUGGAGUUUGUCAACAUUUCAUGCAUAUGUUAGUUAUCAUGUUAAGUGUUCAGAAGGCUUUAUGCACACACGGAUGCGACGUCGUGUUGAGUCCCUAAUUCAGGCACUUGAUCGUGCAAAGCCUGAUGCAAUCGAAACAAGGAGAAAAACACACAGCAGAUCCUUCAAACGGUUGGUUGGUGAUGGGAAUUCUGGCUGAGGAUGUUUAAGGGCUUUUCUUUUUAUUUUUCAUUUUAUGUUGUCAUUUAUUUUAAUGCAAUAUGCCCCCGAGUAAGAACAAAGAAAUUGAAUUCCAUGAAGCGUUCUUAGAA